UGCGCCCACAAAACAGAAACACAUCGCUUCUGCUGUUCAUCAGAUCCGCCAAUCAGCGACGCUCUGCUGCUAACUUUGACCCUCUCAACUGUAACCCACAGAAAGACGAAGAUGGCGGAGGUUGAUUUUGGGGGCAGCGAGCUUUUCCAGCAGCUUGAUGAAGACAAACCCGCAGCGACUCACAUUCGGUUCCAAGAUGCCCGGGAAGGUGAAGACGAAAGCCAAGGCCUGCGAGAGAGGCUGGAGGAAUGCGAGGAGACGGUGGCCCGCUUGAAAGCGGAGAACCAGGAACUGAAGAGAAAAUUGAACAUUUUGACCAGACCAAGUGGAAUUGAAGUGGAAGAAUCCAGGGUUGAUGGACCUCUACUACAGAUUUUAUUUACCAACAAUGCAAUCUCCAAACAAUACCACCAAGAAAUUGAAGACUGCAUUUGCAGUUUAGUUCAGAAGUUUCAGGAACAGUCAAAAAAUGAUGCAGAAAAAGCUUCCUUUGACGUCAAACCUCAGCCAUCAAGUUUUAUUCUGGAAGAGAAUCAUAAAGUGAAAACCGCAAGUACAGUCAAGAAAAUCAAAGAUGCUUUUAGUGUAGUGGGAAGCGUUCUUUAUUUUACCAGUUUUUGUCUUGACAAACUUGGGCAGCCUUUGUUGAGUGAGAAUCCACAACUGACAGAUGGAUGGGAAAUACCCAAAUACCAGCAAGUCUUCAGUCAGGUUAUUUCUGUAGAUGGACAGGAGGUGCAAAUAAAGGAUAAAAGACCCAAGCCUUGUUGCUUCAACUGCGGUUCAGAUUUGCACCAGUUAAAGGAUUGUCCAAAGCCGAGGGACUUUGCCCGAAUCAGUGAAAAAAGGAAGGAGUUAUCUCAAAACAACAGUCAAAACAGCUACCAGCGGUAUCAUGCUGAUGAAGAGAGAUUUGGAAAAUACAAAGCAGGAACAGUAAGUGAAGAACUGCAAACUGCCCUGGGUAUUCCUGAAAACAGCCUCCCUCCAUUCAUAUACCGCAUGCGUCAGCUGGGAUAUCCUCCAGGGUGGCUGAAGGAAGCAGAGAUGGAGCAUUCUGGUCUAGCUUUGUAUGAUGGAAAAGAUGAUGGUGGAAUGGACAAUGAUAAAAAUGACCAGAGCAGACAAGUCUCUUAUGAUGUCUCUAAGCUGAUAGAUUUCCCUGGCUUCAAUGUUCCAGCUCCAAAACGAAUACUUGAUGAAUGGAGUUCAUACAAUUCAAUCCCUAUGCAGCAUAGUCAUUUGAAGGAGUGCUUUGCAACCUACCUGUCGCGUAACUAUCCAGAGCCUGGUUCAAGUUCCAACAAAAGAGCUUAUGAAUCGGAUUCAACCCCUUGCAACCCAAAAAAACGAAGAUCGGAGACAGUAAUGUGUUUGGACAUGGACGUUGAUUCGGGCUCUGAAACACCUCAUAGUUCCCAGGGCUACGACAAUUUCCGUUUUCAGCCCCCACUACCCCCCGGGUCUCCAGCAAUGAGUAGCCUGCCCCCUUUGCCCCGCGGAACACCUCCUGGCACCCCUCCUAACUUCGUUCCUCCUCCUCCCCUCACCCCCACCCCUCCACCGCUUCCCAAGGGCACUCCGCCACCCACCCCCACCAACGGCUCCCCGGCAGUGCGGCCGCAUGUGGUGGACGACUCUACGGAUGCAGACGCCUUGACCCUGGAGGAGCUGGAGGAGCAGCAGAGGCUGAUCUGGGCUGCGCUUGAGAACUCAGAAACCACUACCAACAGCGACUCGGAGACCCCUGCAGACACGCCCCUCACCGGCACGUCGCAGACCUCCUCGCCCUCAAGGAACGAUGCCGAGGAAGUCGCUCGGGAGGCAGGAGAACUGAAAUUGGAGGCUGCCAUUACUACUGUCAACGAUGGGGACAAGGAAUCGGAGAAGCUGGUACCUGCAGUUGAAAGUAUCAGCUCUGUGGUUGCUGACAACACCAGCAACUCCACUAACAGUGACGAGGUCCCAAUGGAAAUAAAGGAAGAGCCGGUGUGCAUAGGAGCUUCGGAGUCUCCGAGCAGCAGCACGGCACUUGAGACAGGCAAUAGGACUGAUGAGGAGGCCAGAGAUGGCUCUGAGAUAGUUGGGUUUGUCCCUCACAGGAGUAAUUUUGCUGCUGGAAUAACCCCCUUUGAAGACACUGGGGAAUACACUAAUGUUGCUAAAACCACAGGAGUCUACCUCAAACUAAGAGACUUGCUGAAGAGUUCCCCAAGAAACCAAACGAAAGCAAAAAAUUAACAUCUUGAUAUUGGCAAGAUCAGUGAGCAGCUGAAUGCAGAAAUCCAGGGAUUUGUAAUAAAUAAAUCCUUGUGUGUUGGGCUUUUUUAUUUUUUAUGGACCAUUUCAAACUUUGUUUUAAUUUUCUAUUAUGGUAGGCUUGGGGUUUAGAAUUAAUCUGCAGCUAACAGAUGACCGCAUUAACAAACAAAAAACAAAAAGGACGUAAGCUUGGUGUUUAUUGACUAAGAUUUCUCUGUCAAGAAGACGGGUUAUAGUAAAUUAAACGUCACUUACUUUUUUGUAAACAUCUAAAUGUCUUUACAGAUUGCGAUAAGUUCACUAUCUGAUCACCAAUGUUAUGGUAUGUGUAAGUACCUUUCUUUUUGAAAUUGCUCAGUAAUGAGGACCUCCAUUUGUUAGGCAAAUAACAGUGUUUUAUAUGCUUGCUGUUGAUUCUGGCUUUAUGAAAUAGCAGCGUUCUGUGGAUAUGGUGUUUAACGGUAUGUUUUAAUGUUAGACAUUUUUAAAACUUUUUUUUUCUUUUUUUUUUUUCUUAUUUUCCACUCAAUUAAAAAAUAUCAGGGAUUUCUAACACUGACUCUCUGUCCUUCAGGUAUUUUUAAAUCUUUUCCAAAAGGCCCUUUUUAAUGUCCCUCUUGACUUUGUAAAUG